AUUCAACCAGAGAUGGAGUCAGUGAAGCGCUGCUUUGAGUCAGCGCGUCGUAAGGUAUCUCUGUGCUCCUGUGAAUGUUGUCGCUGUCUAAAGCAAGAACAAAACCCAGAACUUGUCGCCGAAUCUCUCUCCACGCAGUUUGAACAAGAAAGACGGCCCCUAGUAACCAGCAACGAUUCUACUGAAUGCAAUGAAGCGAGGGGCGCCAACUCAUCGGGAUGUUUUCCCGAUCUGUCCUGUCUGCGACGUCGUCGUAGCCGUAGGAUUGAAACGAGAGUAAUCAGCGACACAUCAGAGGAAUUUGACAAAUGCUCGGACACAGACAGACAGCUAGGACUGGAGGACGACGAGCCCCGUCCGCUGCUGAGAAAGCCUCCGUCUCGAGCGGAAUAUAAAAGGCAGUUGAACAAAGAGCUGCGCAGCUUGAAGGAUAAGCUGAGGUACCAUUUUGCCAAUCCUUUUCACAAGUUCAGACAUCAUAAGCGCAAGCCUUGGAAGCUCAUUUUGCUGUUUGUGAAGAUUGUACUCGUUACAGCCCAGAUUGUGUUGUUCACUCAGUCAAGUUUUGGAGAUGCUCAGUUCUUUGCUAGUAAUUUCGAAGCUUUUCAUCAUCUCUUUAUUAAUGGCUACGAACCUGAGACAACCACACGGGUGUACAAGGUGGAUGAUGCCUUUGACCAGUUAGUGUUUACCAUUCAUCAGUAUUAUCUCAUCAAUACAACAGCUAUUGGUUCUUAUGAUUUUGCCAGCAAAGAGAACUCUGAUAAGCCACCUCCUGUGACAGUGUGUUUUACUGGAUUUAAACAAGGCCUUAUCAAUUCUUUCAACUGGACAUAUAAAUUUGAUCCUGAAAUUGUGACACAUUGUACAUUAACCAUCUCACAUGGCAUGAAUGACAGUGAAAUAAGACAAGCACUUAAAGACCAUUUUGGAAAAUCUCCGUUUGACAGAUUGAAUUCUAUUUUUUUGGUGUUUCGCAUUCGCACUGUGUUUCUCAAUGCCUUCCACUCUCCAGACUGUAUUCAGUUUAAUGUUGAGUUGAUUAUUGACAAUAGCGGUCACAAUGGUAUUGCAACAGUAAAAUUGACAGGUGAUAUUCAUAGCUUUAGCUGCAGAGGAGAAGUUGUCAAGACAUUGGAUAUGGCCAACUUUGUUGUAUAUACAGUUCUUGACAUUGUUGUCAUCAUAUUAUGUGUCGUAUCCAUUAUUCUUUGCGUUCGCUCACUCAUUAAGACAUAUCAUCUUGCCCAGCUUUCUGCAAGUUUUUUUCGGAAGUAUUGCCAACGACCACUCAGGCUUUCUGAGAUGCUGGGACUAGUAAACUUGUGGUUUAUCAGCACAAUUGCAGCCGACAUAUUUUUGAUUAUUGGAUCAAUCGGAAAACAGUUGGUUAGUCAGAAGGUUAGUACAGAAUAUCUGACAUGGAGCAUGAUGCUUGGUAUUGGAACUGGUCUUGUCUGGACAAGUCUUCUACGGUUUCUUGGAUAUUUCCGGAAAUAUAAUGUAAGUAGCUGA